UCCUAGACAACAAUUAAAAAAUGUCGGAAUCGUGUCAAGACGGUAAUUGUCAUGGAAAUUACGAAUAUGGGCCCGACGAAUCACCUACAAAGCUUAUCGUCAAUUACAUUCCCGAAGUCAUGACCCAGGAUAUGAUGUUUUCAUUAUUUUCUACCAUGGGUAAAUUAGAAAGUUGUAAAUUGAUAGCUAACAGAGGGUAUGGUUUCGUCGAGUACGCUCGUCCUGAUGAUGCUGUGAAAGCAAGGAAAGCGUUUAACGGAUUGUUGAUGCAGAAUAAGACACUGAAAGUGUCUCAUGCCCUGCUAAAUCCUGAGCUCAAGCCUCCUACGAAACCGGAAGCCGACUGGAACCUUUACGUAUGUAACCUGCCCAACGAAUUAACCUUGCAGGAUUUGCAUGGACUUUUCGCACAAUUUGGUAAAAUAGUCAAUUCUCGUAUAGCUUCCGGCAUAGCUUUUGUAUUAUAUGAACAUCAAUAUGAAGCUGAGAGAGCCAUCCAAAACAUUAAUGGAACCACGCCCCCUGGCUUCCUACAUCCACUUACUGUUAAGUAUGCCAAUAAAAGCAACCCUAAUAAACAUAAAAACAACAACAAUAAUUUUUCUAAGAAUCCUCUUGUCAAACCUUAUCAUUGGAUAAAUCAUAUGGGUGCUAUUGGUGAUCAUAACUCUCCAAGUACAUGGUCCAUUUACAUUUAUAAUAUUGCUCCUGAAGUAGAAGAAUUGACUCUAUGGCAGCUGUUCGGUCCAUAUGGUGCUAUUGUCUCUGUUAAGAUAAUUAAGGAUCAUCAGACAAAUAAAAGUAAAGGAUUUGGAUUUGUGACCAUGCGAAAUUACGACCAGGCAGCGAUGGCUAUACAAGCCUUGAAUGGUUAUGUUCUGCACGGGCAGGCACUCUCUGUAAGUUUUAAAACACAAAAGAGAUAAUGGCGCAACAUGACUAUCCAAAAAUUUUACAAUAUCAGUACAGUAAUGACUAGACAAAUUGACUUUCUUGACAUUGAUUGGCAUAGAAUAACAAUAUAUAAAAUUUAGUCUUGAAUGGAAGUUUAAAGUUUCCAUUAUGUAUAUUUAUAUGUGCAGCGUGUCAUCUCUUGUUAAAAUAUUAUUACUUUGAGCUAUCAACAUUGUUAAGUUUGUUUCUUAUUAUGAAUAAUAAUUUAUUCAGUUUGCUCGUUAAAUGUUUCAAGUUUAGUAGAGUUUUAAGAAUUGUAUUUGAGGUGAUUGUUGUUUGAGAGUUCAACAUCAAUUGUGAGCUACGUGCUUUGAUUUUUAUUUCAUUAUCUAUUAUUAUUUAAGUAUAAUAAAUACAAGAAUGUGCUUUAUAAGAUCUAAUGUAACUAAACUAAUAUAAGCCACUGUGAGAUGUUUAAUCAGCUACUAGGAUUAGUUGUACACUUUUUAUAACAUGAUGUCUAUUUAGGUAGUAAAACGAAAUCUAGAUUAUAUCAUAUUUAUACAUUUAGUAUAAAACUUGCUGAAUUAAAGUUCAUUUUCACAAUUUUGAA